AUGAAGGAGAAAAGGGGCAUGCCCAAAAGGAUUUAUUCUCUGCAUCUUUCUAUAGAACCUGUGUAUGUGAAGGACAGGAUGAGCUCCCCAUCCUCGCUCAAGCUGCUGGCAAUAAAGAGUCUGCUGAAAGAUGAAGCCUUAACUAUCUCUGCUCUGAAGAUCCUGCCCAUGGAACUCUUCCCGCCAGUAUUUAAAGUUGCCUUCGAUGGCAAACAAACAAACAUACUGAGAGACAUGGUGGCAGCCUGGCCAUUCAGAUGCCUUCCUGUGGGAGCCCUGAUGAAGUCUCCUGACCUGGAGAUUUUGAAGGCUGUGCUGGAUGGCCUUGAUUUGCUGUUGAAGCAGAAGGAUCGACCGAGGCGUUGCAAACUGGAAGUGCUUGAUCUUCGGGAUGCACAGCAUAUAUUCUGGAAUGUGUGGGCUGGAUCAGAGAAUGGUGUCUGCUCUGCAGAUGUUCUUAGUGAGAGCCAAUCAGUGGUUCAUCAUCCCAUACUACAGGGAAAACAGGUUGUGUCUGUGAUGAUGAACCUUUCCCUCAUGUCCAAGGAUCUUUGUAAAUCCCUAAAAUAUUUCUACUGGUGGGCCAAGCAGAGGAAAGAUGUGUUGCAGUUGAACUGUGAAAAGCUGGCGUUUGGGGUCCUCCCUGUCUAUAAGCCCCUAAUGCUGCUGGAGGUGUUUGAGCCAAGCUCUAUAAAGGAGUUGGAAGUGAAUGCAAGCUGGGAUCUGAGAACCCUAGCAAUGUUUGCCCCUGGCCUGGGUCAGAUGAGAAACCUUCAGAAACUCCUUGUCAAUGAAAUAUUCAUGCCUUCAGAAUUGUUUAGGAAUGGAGAGUUUGAAGAAUGGUGUUUUACAGAGAUCAUUUUCCAGUUUUCCCAACUCAACAAGCUCCAGCAUCUCUAUUUGAAUGGUUUCUUCUUCCUGGAGGAAAGACUGGACCAAGUGCUCAGGAACUUGGAGAGUCCCUUAGAGAUCUUUGCAAUCACUCGCUGCAUGCUAUCAGAAUCAGACAUGAUGUAUCUUUGCCAGUGUCCAAGCGUCCAUCAACUUGUACAUCUGGACCUGAGUGGUGUCAACUUUUUAAAUUUAAGUCACACCCUAGGAAGACUGCUAGAGAGACUGAGAGCUACACUGCGGACAUUAGAACUGAAGGGUUGUAUGCUCAUGGACUUACAAAUCGGUGUCCUGCUCCCUGCCCUGAGCCAGUGUUCCCAGCUGGUUAUGGUGAAUUUUGAGAAUAACUUCCUAUCUGUGUCCAGUCUACAGAAACUGCUGCAGCACACUGCCAAUCUUAAACAGCUGACCCUGGAGAUGUACCCUGCCCCUAAUGAAGUCUAUGAUGACAUUGGUGAUAUCCUGCCAGACAGGUUUACCCAACAUUGUUCUGAGCUCUUGGAAAGACUCAGGGGUGUAAGAGAGCCGAAAGAGAUCUAUUUUGUCAGUAACAGAUGUCAUGAUUGCCAGGGAUUCUGUGUGUAUGACCAGGAGGCCUCACUAUGUUCAUGUUGGGAAUAA